AUGGAUGAACCAUCAUCCCGCCCGGGUCUGACAGACCUCAUUUCAUCGUACGCCAUCCUACCGACCUUGGCGACCUGGGUGUCAACAGUCGAUCUCUACCACCUCGCGCUCACAAACCGCACCCACUACUCGCACAUUCUCGGCUCGCCGACUCUGUUCAAGAAGCUCAGGCGCUUCUGCCUCUGUGACGGCCGUGGCCUCGUCAAGCGCCAGAACUUCCAACGCCCGUACCGCACCGACCUCGAAGCAGGGCAAUGGACAAGAAACUCGCACCUGCACAGCGACGAGGAGAUUGAAGUGAAGCUGUACAACGCCAAAUGUGACGAGGGCGGCGCUCUCCCCUGCGUCAAGUGCGGGAUCAAUGUAUGCGAGGAGUGCAGAUACUACCUCCGAGCCAAACCGUCUUACAAGACCAGGCGCCCGCACAUCGACGCCGCGCGCCAGAUCAGCAACAUCAUGUGUCUGUGUCCCGAAUGCGAUCCUGCAGUGGAAGAAGAAGUAAAGGGGCAGUUUCUCAACGAGUUAUGCGACUGCGACCCUUGGGCGAGAUGGAUCUGCACCCGCUGCAAAAUAGAGGAGGAUGACUUUGACACCGAGUAUUGCAACAAGCACACACUGAAGGAAUUCUACUGGAAUGAUCUGGGGACGGGAGAGAACGAGGAUCCUGGCAGGCGUAAUCGGGAGAGACGUGCUGCAAAGAGUGGCCGGGAGAGAGACUCUGGCGACCUCGACGAGGAGGACUCCGACAGUGAUGAUUCGGACAGUGAUGAUUCGGACAGUGAUGAUUCGGGCAGUGAUGAUCUGUACAGGCCAUCCAUCACCAUCAUCGACCACGCAUUUAUGGUAGCGUUUUGGUGUACAUGCGGCAAGGCCCUUGAAAAUGACAAUCCGAUCAGAUGCACCUGGUGUAGGAGACGACAUCUCUCAGAAGAUGAUUGGUACGAAGAUGGAAGGGACGGCAUGCCGUUUUUUGACAAUGAUCCAGAUUACCCCAGAUGGACUUCAGACAACCCCAACGGCCACUACCCGAACCCCUACCCCAAACUCGGCUACGUCCGCAACGGAGAUGACAUAGAAGAAACACCGCUCUAA